AUGGCGGAAACGAUCCGCCACGAGGCAGACGGCGAGCUGCUCCGGGACCACGACUGGAGCCUCUGGUCCUACUUCGACCCCUGGGGGGCCUCCCCCGUCACGGAGCCCGCGCCAGCGGUGCGGCCCGCUGGCCCGCCGCGCUUGCGGGUGCGCGAGCGGAAAGCCAGCCGCGGCCUCUGCGGCAUCGACCCCGACGACAUGUGCGGAGAGGUGGAGGUCGUCGACGUGGAGGGCGACCGCAGCCUCUACAAGAUCCCCCAGGCGUACCCCGUGCUGGCCGCGCCGGGGGGCGCUGAGCAGGGGGGCCGGGCGUGCGGGGCGGCCUCGCUGCUGGGACGACAGGCGGGCAUCUGA